AUGGACAAAUGGGAGUCUCUUGCGACGGUCAAAUCCUUUGACUUAGGAAUAGCACGCAAUAGCCAGCAUGAAUCGUUACUCAGUCAAAAUAUGCAACAGGUUGACAUAGUCAAUUCUACAGCUACUACACCCAUCAGCCUCUUGGUUCAAUCUCUUGUCAAACAGCUAUGUACUCUCCUUGAGAAAGAUUUCAAUAGUGCCAAUCAACUUUAUAAUAAAAUAUGUGAAAAGCUUCACAGUAUGAAUUUAAUAGAUGACUCAUAUGCUAUGGGAGAAUUUGAGGUCAUGAGAAGUCAGUAUCAACGAGCCUUAUACCAGCUAGUAACAGUUGCGAGUGGUUCAGAAAUACCUAUCACUCUCCCUGACACCUGGCCCAUAGUUCAACCGUCUGGCUUAGAAUGGUCUAGGUAUCAUAAAGAAUUUGAAGAGUUAUACUUCAUCGCUGGAGGAGGUUUUGGGAGUGUUUUCAAAGCUCGACAUAGAUUAGAUGGGGUUGAAUAUGCUGUUAAAAAAGUCUACAUCAAAUCAUCUGAUGUGCAUUCAAUUAUGACACAUUUGGCCGAAGUAAAAACUAUAGCAAGUCUCAACCAUCCCAACAUUGUGAACUAUAAGGCCGCAUGGCUGGAACCCAUGAUAGAAUCCACUUUAAAGAAAAAGCGCAAAUUUAAAAUGGAUGAUAGCGAUGAAAUCUCUACUAUAAAUUCAAACAUUGUGUCAUCUGUACACCCAAACAUUGUCAAAUCAUUUAAGACACAUGACUCGAAAGAGCUUACAAGGAACAACAGUCAGUCUGAUUUUGUCAUAUCUUUUAAAAAUUCUGGCAGUUUUGAAUGCGAUGAUAGCUCUAAUGAGGAUAUUGAUAGCGAGAGUGAGGAGGAUUCAGCAUCCCCAAGUGAACAGAAUGCUGUUUGCGAAAUCUUGUCAAGUAAGGAGUAUGAAAAUUGUUCAAGGGUUAACUUGAAAUGGGCUACACUCUACAUCCAGAUGACAUACUGCCAACAGACACUUAAACAGUGGCUGGAUAACAGAAACAGCCGUAUGUCGAUGUCAAGAAAAAAUUCUGAUGAUAUGGUGCUUGCCAAUAGUUACUCCAGCGAUUCGUCAGGAUUUGAUAACUCAUUCAUCUCUGACUGUAACUAUCCACUAUCUUGGAGUCACAUUGAUGUUGUUAUAGACAUGUUUACUCAGUUGGUCCGUGGGCUGCAUUACAUUCAUUCUAAAGGAAUUAUACACCAUGAUGUGAAACCAAGUAAUGUGUUUGUUGCACGGAGUGAAACAGGACUGUUAGUGCAGCUGGGUGAUUUUGGACUCGCGUGCCCGCUUCAGCAGUCUCAUAGUGGAUUAGCUCUUGGUACACACUUGUAUGCUGCGCCCGAACAACUCGAUGGGCAAUGUAACCCUAAGAGUGACAUGUACAGCCUUGGCAUAAUACUUCUGGAGAUGGUAGAGCGUUUUAGCACCGAAAUGGAACGCGUUAAGAUCAUCACAGAUUUGAGGAAGGGUCAGAUACCAGCCCGUUUGAGUGCCAACUUUCCAAAAAUUGCCCAUAUCAUCGGUAAACUAGUGCAGUGGAGACCGAGCAAGAGGUUAGACACAAAGCAGUUGUUGGAUGAGUUGAAAUAUCUUUCAGAAGACAAGGAUGAGACCAUAAGAUCUUUAAAAGAGGAGCUGGCUGCAAAGGAUGACGAGAUCGCGAAGUUAAAGAUGAUGUUAGCCAAAUUUAAUCCUUAA